AUGGCAUCAUGCCCAUGGCAUCUCCAAGGUCUUAAAGAUAAUAGGAUUCCUGACCAUUUUAGGGGCAUCCAGAUUUAUGGUACCAUUUUGGACUGCUAUACAACCUACCUAGUGAAAGAGGUGGAAGAAAAGGGAGUCAAUGGUGACAUGUAUACAUUUAACAUUAGGUUGAAUGCUUAUGUAGCCAUUUCCAACAUUGAGGAAAUGGAGAAAAUUCUGAACAAGAUGAAAACAGAUCCUCUCAUCAACAUUGAAUGGAGUACUUGUUUUGUUGUGGCAAAUGAUUAUCUGAAAGCUGGCCUAGUUGAGACAACUUUAUCUUUGUUGAACAGAGUUGAGCAAUUAAUCGGUCGAACAAGGGGUAAUUUGAAAAGGCUUGCUUAUAAGGUUCUCCUCUCUUUAUAUGGUGCUGCUGGGAAUAAAGAAGGGGAAUAUGGUGUCUGGAAUUUGUGUAAUGAUACAAGGGUGCUUUUCAACUCAGGCUAUCAACUUAUGAUAAGUGCAUUGAUGAAGUUGGAUGACUUCGAUGAUGCUGAGAGGAUUUGGGAGGAGUGGUUAUGGAGGAAGACAUCCUUUGACAUUUAA